CUAUAUGGAAGCAGAUCCUUUUAUUAAGAUCAUUGUGGUGGGCGAGCAAGGGGUUGGCAAGACUUGCUUGUUGAAUUAAUAUUGUUAUGAGCGAUUUGAAGCUAAUAGUCCUCCAACGAUAGGGUGCGAUUUUACGACUAAGGUGACUUAGACAAAUGGACAGACUGUUCGAUUAUAAUUGUGGGACAUUGCUGGUUAGGAGAAGUACAAUGCUGUGAGCAAAUUGUAUGUGAGGGGAGCGUUGGGUAUUAAAAUAAAUGAGGGGUAGGUUGUUUAAUAGUUUGUGACAUCAAGGAUCCGAAUUCUUUGGAGGAAACUUUGAAAUGGAAAAGUAUUAUUGAGGAGAAUAGUGAUUAAAACAAUAUUCCAAUCAUGUUGGUGCAGAAUAAGUGUGACUUAGCGAGUGAUGAUGAGAAGUCAUCUUUUUAUCAGACUUUAUAAGGUUUUGCAAAAACAAAUAAAUUUUUCUCCUGCAUUCAAACAAGUGCAAAGGAGGGCACAGGGUUGAAGGUAACAAAGUGAAAUAGACUUAUAGCAACUAUUCACCGAAUUAAUCUAGGAGAUAAUCGACAAGGGAUUACUAGUGAAUCAACAGAAGAAUUUUAAAUAAAGUACGAAUGUACAAUUAAAUGCUGCUCAAAGUUAAUAGAACCAAUAACAGAAAAAGGACAAGACUUGUUGUUGA